AGCUCAUCCAAACGGGCUCAUAACUUGCGUCUAUGAUGGUUCCUUUGGGCAUUAGCAACUUAAUUUUCUACUUGUAGCUAGUAAAGAGUAGCCAUGGAUCACGGUAGCAAGCAAUUCCACCUCCUCUUCCUUCCUUACUUCGCCACUGGUCAUGUCAUCCCAUUAGUUAACGCCGCCAGGCUAUUCGCCUUCCACGGCAGAGUCAAAGUCACCAUCCUCACUACCCACCACAACGCCUCCCUAUUCCGAUCUUCUAUUGACAACGAUGUCGGCGAUGGCCAUUCCAAUAUCUCUAUCCAUACUCUUAAAUUCCCAUCCACUGAAGUUGGGUUGCCUGAAGGAAUCGAGAACUUCAGCUCUGCCUCUUCACAGGAAAUCGCCGGCAAAGUAUUUUACGCCAUUUAUCUUCUCCAGAAACCAAUGGAAGAUAAAAUUCAUGAAAUCCAUCCUGAUUGUAUCUUCUCUGAUAUGUAUUUCCCAUGGACCGUCGAUAUUGCGAAGGAGCUCAACAUCCCCAGGCUAUUGUUCAACCAGUCCAGCUACAUGUACAAUUCCAUUCUGCACAAUCUUAGGCUUUACAAACCUCAGGAACACCUCAUCAAACAGAUGGAAUCCAAAAGUACUACUUUCUCGGUUCCGGGUUUACCAGAUAUUAUUGAGUUCAAGGUAUCGCAACUUACAGAUGAUCUGAUAAAGCCUGUGGAUGAGAGGGAUGCUUUUGACGAAAUGCUCGAUCGAACUAGAGAAGCCGAGGAUCGAAGCUACGGCAUUGUUCACGACACUUUUUACGAGCUAGAACCUGCCUACGCUGACUACUAUCAGAAGAUGAAGAAAACCAAAUGUUGGCAAAUUGGUCCCAUCUCUCAUUUUUCUUCCAAAUUAACCCGAAGAAAAGAGCUGAUUAAUGCUGCCGAUGAUAGUAACUCAGCUGCCGUUGUAGAGUGGUUGAAUGAGCAGAAGCACAAAUCGGUCCUCUACGUCUCUUUCGGGACCGUAGUUAGAUUCCCAGAGGACCAACUCACUGAAAUCGCAAAAGCUCUAAAAGCUUCGAGCGUCCCUUUCAUUUGGGUAGUGAGGAAGGACCAAUCCGCACAAGCCACGUGGUUGCCGGAGGAGAAUAAAGGUCUGAUUAUUACUGGGUGGGCGCCGCAACUAACCAUCCUGGAUCAUUCGUCCGUCGGAGGAUUCAUGACACACUGUGGAUGGAAUUCGGUGCUCGAAGCUAUCAUCGCUGGCGUGCCGUUGGUUACGUGGCCAGUGUACGCCGAACAAUUCUACAAUGAAAAGCUUGUGGAGGUUAUGGGGUUAGGGGUGAAAGUGGGAGCAGAAAUACAUAAUCCGGGUCUUGCUGAGAUCUUAAGCCCUGUGAUAGAGAGCGAAAAGAUCAAAGAAGCAAUAGAGAGAUUAAUGGAUGGGUCAAAGGAAAGUCAGAAAAUUAGGGAGAAAGUAAUGGCUACGAGUGAGAUGGCUAAAAAUGCAGUCGAAGAAGGCGGAUCUUCAUGGAACAAUCUCACUGCGCUCAUUGAUGAUAUCAAGAAUUUCACUUCGACGAAGAUGGAUUAACAAUUUUAAAUAUUGAUGUAAAAGAAAUUGCUGCAUCUCCUUAAAUUUAGUCUUUUCCUUAAUUAUUGUUGUUGUUGUUUUUUCUUUUUAAGUUAUCAAUAAAAUGACUGCAGUAGCUUAUGACUGCUUAA